ACGCCUGAGCGACUUUUAGUCUGGACGUGACCAAGACCAGAGACAGACACAGAGACACAGACAGAAAAAGGCCAGAGAUUCAAGGAGAAGAUUUGGCUCCAACAUUUCCCACCAUGACUUUUGCAGCUGCUCUGAAGAUAUUGUUUUACUUUGGGUCAUAAAUCGGCUCAGAGAGAGAGAGAGAGAGAGAGAGAGAGAGAGAGAGAGAGAGAGAGCUGCUGUGCACCUUUAACCCUCAGAGAAAGUGAACGUGUGAACGUGGAGUGGAGCGGAGAGCGUACGUGACUCACAGCAGGUGUGAUGGGUCCACAGUGUUUCUCGUGCUGCAGAGACGUCCUGCUGCUUCUUCUGAUGUCGUGUGAAGUCCACAGUCUGUCUGUGCACAUCGUCAACGAGGGCCCGGUGCACGUCGUCCCAGGAUCCACUCUGCUGCUCAGGGCCCGGAUCCAGCAGGGGGCCCUGGAGGAGGUCUCCAUGGUAACGUGGGAACAGGAGCCAGAGAUGACUGAAGGGGGUCCCCCAGGUGUCCUGGCCUCGUGUCCCGGGAAAAGUUUCACGUGUUCUGGUUCCAGACCAAACGUGCGAGCGAGCGUCGAGCAGCAGGAGGCGACGCUGCAGCUGAGCGGAUACGAGCGAGUGGCUGACGGUGGCGUUUACACCGUGACCGUGACGUCGCGAGCCGGAACCACGGCCACCGACUACUGCGUCGUCAGAGAGUAUGAGGCCGUCCACCACGUCUCCGUCAGCAUCAACAUGUCUCACUCGUCGCUGGUGUGCGGCGAGGCCUGGGGGACAGACCCUCACUUCAGCUGGCUCCAUGAGAGAGUCCCCGUCAGCACCGCUGUGGGAAAAGUCUCCAAAGACGGGAUAACAUUGUCAGUGACCAUGAGCCCGAUUUGUGGUCACUUCACCUGUGUGGUCAGCAACAAACUGGGCUACAGCUCUGCCACCUACACUGCAGAUCCCUGUGAGACAGAAGGCAGCAGAGGGACGACAGCAGUCGUUGUGUGUCUCGUCCUCCUGCUGAUGAUUGGAGCAGUGCUGGCUUUUCUGCUGUGGUGGAGGCGGCGUCAGAACCAGCGAGCAGAAAGUCUGCGUGAACCUCUGGAUGGUUACAUCUGAGCCGCUUCAUUCCCGUCACUCAGGAGAACAGGAAAUGGACUGUAGGGACUUCCUGUACUGUCAGCAGAAUGAGCUCACACUGCAGAGGAAACGUGAAGAGUGAACUGCAUCCUGGCAGAUUGAAGUGUCUCCACACUGCCUCCUGCUGGUCCUAAUCCGACACUGUGUACUUAUCAUGAAACGAAUGAUGAUAUCUAUAUAUUUUUUUGUUACAUUUGUAUCCACUGUGUUUUUGUUACAAACUUUUUCUUAAAAUGUGACAGAAAAGUUACUGGAGUCAAGUAUGAAAAUGUUACCUUUUUUUAUUUGUUUAUUUCACUCAAAUAAAGUCAUGAUGCACUCUUA